AUGAUGCGCAUGCUCAGUGCUGGCGUAGUUGCCCUGCUUGGCGUUGCUUUAGUGAAUGCCAAGCUUUACCAUAACACUACGACGUAUAACCAUACUUGCUGGCUUGACAAACCUGUGUUGUCAUGCAGCAAGGAGGCCCUCAACCUCGCGCAUCUCGACUCUUGCUGCACGGAGACGUUCGGAGGUCUCGUAGCCCAAACGCAGUUUUGGGAUACGCACACAGGGCUAGAGGACAAGGGUCAGAAACUCCCCGACAAGCACUGGACCAUCCAUGGUUUAUGGCCUGAUUUCUGCAAUGGCUCGUUCACACAGUAUUGUGAUCUGAAGCGUCAGUACGACCCCAGACCAUCUCCUCCAACUCAAAAUGGGAAGGAAAACGGCACUCGCGUAGAGCCCUACAAGGGUCCAAGCAUCGACACUUUCAUUCAGGAUUGGGGGCGCACCGAUCUCCUUGAAUUUAUGGACACCUUUUGGAUUUCGCAAGGCUCACCCAACAAAGAUUUCUGGGCCCAUGAAUUCAGUAAGCAUGGUACAUGCUACAGUACUUUUGACAUUCCUUGCUAUGGUCCCAAGUACCGUGAGCAUGAAGAGGUGAUUGACUUUUUCGACACUGCUCUCAGCUACUACCGCAAACUUCCUACAUAUGACUGGCUAGCUGCCGCUGGUAUCAAACCUAGCAACUGCACCCGUUACAGUCUUUCUAACAUUACGAGUGCCCUGGAGAAGCGCUUCGGUGCUAAGCCUUACAUUGGAUGCUCUGGUCCGUCUUUUAAGGACAUCGAAGAAGGAAAGCAUACGAACGAUACUGGUAACACAGUCCUAAGCGAAGUUUGGUACCUCAACCAUGUGUAUGGUCGUGUUCAGGACGGCCGGACAAAGCCCGUUGACAGCCCCACGGAUACAAGGUGUGCAACGUCAGAGCAUGCCAUUUUGUAUCCUGAGCGUGCUCCGUCCAGCCUACGUGAGGUGCCAAAAAAGUAUCAGCACGUUUUUGAAACGAAGUAG